CAAUAGAGUUGGUAAUGUUCUGAAGUUUGUGUGGGAACAACUGGUGACACUUUGAUGACAUGUCCAGUCUUCAGAGACCUUCCCAACCCUUCCAGACUGUCUCUCUCACUCUGGAGCAGGUCAAAGAGGCCCUGGGGGAGGUUCUUGAUGCUCUCCAGUCUCCUGCAGGGAGUACACGGCUAGACGAGGCACGAGAGAACUGUGGUAAUGACCUGGGCAAGGUAUUGCAACUGCUGCUUCCCACAGCUGUACAGAUCCAGCAAGAAGUGCUUCAGACAUACGGAUUCAGCCCUGAUGGGGAGGGAGUUCUCAGAUUUGCACGACUAGUGAAGUCCUUUGAGUCACAGGACCCAGAGAUCGCUGCCAUGUCUAGCAAACUCAAAUCCUUCUUUCUGCCCCCCCUCCCUCUCCCCCCACAUGGUGGGCUCCCGGCUCCCUCUUCUUAAUGUCACGCUGCACACCACCUCUGUCAUCUAAUUUCCCAGGACUAAACCUCCUGCUAUGUACCCCAUUAUUGUGCUAUGACUCCCCAUCUUGUGCAACUAAACCUUACUAUAGACCCCUAGCCCUUGGCAGAAAUUGUCUCACUUAAUAUGUGUCUGGAUAUGCUCACCUGCUCGCUUCCCAGACCUCGUUCUGUGCACCAAACCUCUCCUGGGCUCUUUGCAGCACAUCAUCAUCCAUCCUUUCAGACUCCUGAUUCUACAAGACCAUUCCUUGUGCAUGUUUGGCCUGGCAUUCACCCUGGGUUGCAUACCUCUGCAGACAGACAAAGAGCGAGGUUCUUGUUGCAGAUGACACCUGUUGUUGUUUGAGCAAUAAGAAGACACAAGCUAAACCCAGACAUGGGAGAGAUUUGCAAAUGUGGUGGUUGUACAGACUUGACACCAGCUGGUAAAGCAGCUUAUUAGGGGAGAUACCGUUAUUGGUCCACACGGAAGCCACCACCUGAUACCAUAAUUACAAAAACAUGCCACAGUCCUCCUAACCUUUGCCACAGAAGAGGGUCUCUGUGAACCAGACUUAUUUUUGCAACAGAAGAUAGGAGUUGUUUGGUCAGGGGAAAACCGAUUUACGCUGCUAAUCGCACAGAUUACUUACCCAAUCCUUGACGUUCUAGUUCACUUGUCACUGGCUCACACAUCCUCAAGUAUACAGUCGGAUCAAAUGCAAUAGGCAACAAGUUGAGCUAAAGCCAGGAAGGAGCCAUUUUGCAGUUGCCUAUUGUGCCUAUUGAUAAUUUCCACACUGGAGCAUAAACUAUUUUAUAUCAGGAUGUUCAUUUUCUAAAACAUUUAUGUAUUUGUUGUCAUUGAGUCCUAUAAUGCACAGUAACCCUGGCUGUGAGCGUACACAAAAUCAUUCUCAAAAACUCUCAAUAAUCCCCAAAGUGGCUCUCACAGUCACCUGGGGCCUGAUCUAAAGCUCUUGCUUGGUAGGGAUUAUCUAGAAAGUUUUGUCAGUACAGAGAGGUCCAUAAAAUAAUUUUAGAAAGGCAAAUUUUACCUUAAAGGGAUAGUAUAGUCAAAAUUAAACUUUCAUAAUUCAGAUACAACAGC